CUCGUGAACGCUCGGCUCCAACGAUAAAAACCGAGCGCUUAAGCUUCCACUCCUCCCUGUUUGCCUCUGCCCGCCGACCAGGUUGCAGCUCCACCAAACUUGCCCGGACCAAAACAGCAGAAAAACCACCAUGUCUGACAAACUUCCAUUCAAAGUUGCCGACAUCAGCCUGGCCGAAUGGGGUCGUAAGGCCAUCGACAUAGCCGAGAAUGAGAUGCCGGGUCUUAUGAAGAUGAGACACAUGUACGGUGAGUCCAAACCACUGAAGGGAGCCAGAAUCGCAGGAUGCCUCCACAUGACGCUCCAGACGGCCGUGCUCAUCGAGACCCUCAUCGCCCUCGGUGCUGAGGUCCAGUGGUCCAGCUGUAACAUCUUCUCCACCCAGGAUCAUGCUGCUUCUGCCAUCGCCAAGGCUGGCAUUCCAGUGUACGCAUGGAAGGGUGAGACGGACGAAGAGUAUGUGUGGUGCAUUGAACAGACCAUUUACUUCAAGGACGGUCAGCCCCUCAACAUGAUCCUGGAUGAUGGUGGAGACCUCACCAACCUGGUCCACCAGAAAUACCCCAAGCUGUUGGCAGGUAUCCGCGGUCUGUCGGAGGAGACCACCACGGGUGUCCACAACCUGUACAAGAUGAUGAAGAAGGGAGAGCUGAAGGUUCCCGCCAUCAACGUCAACGACUCCGUCACCAAGAGUAAGUUCGACAACCUGUACGGCUGCAGGGAGAGUCUGAUUGACGGCAUCAAACGAGCCACCGACGUCAUGAUUGCCGGUAAGGUGGCAGUGGUGGCUGGUUACGGUGACGUGGGUAAAGGCUGCGUCCAGGCUCUGCGCGGCUUCGGCGCCCGCGUCAUCGUCACAGAGGUCGACCCCAUCAACGCCCUGCAGGCCGCCAUGGAGGGUUAUGAGGUCACAACCAUGGAAGAGGCCUGUAAGGAAGGAAACAUCUUUGUCACCACCACUGGCUGCAAGGACAUCAUCAUGGGACAGCACUUUGAACAGAUGAAGGACGACUCCAUUGUCUGUAACAUCGGUCACUUUGACUGUGAGAUCGACAUGAGCUGGCUGAACGAGAACGCUGCUGCCAAGGUCAACAUCAAACCUCAGGUAAUGGACCUCUGAUCCUGGUUGCACCGCAGUGAUUUCUCUCUGAAAAACAACCGCCACAUCAUCAUCCUGGCCGAGGGCAGACUGGUCAACCUGGGCUGUGCCAUGGGCCACCCAUCCUUCGUCAUGAGCAACUCCUUCACCAACCAGGUGUUGGCUCAGAUUGAGUUGUGGACAAACACUGAUAAAUAUCCUGUCGGUGUUUACUUCUUACCCAAAAAGUUGGAUGAAGAAGUCGCAGCGGCGCAUCUGGACAAACUGGGGGUGAAGUUGACCAAGCUGACAGAGAACCAGGCGCAGUACCUGGGUCUGCCUGUAGAUGGGCCCUUCAAACCAGACCAUUACCGCUACUAAGUUCAUAGACUUCACUGUGAAGGAGGAAGUGUGGUGGGGGUGGGAGAGGGGGGUCCUGUUGGUGCAGCCCGCUGUCUUCGUCCAGAUGAAUCUCUGGACAAACAUCUGAGGCCACAUCAGUACCUGAAUCCAGUAUUUUCUACUUGACUGCUGUUGAACCAAAUGAUGGAUGGAAAAAAAAAAUAAAAUAAAAUAAAAAUAACAUUCAGAAAUAAAAUCAGCCAAAAAAUCAGCUGUCUGCAAAAAAAAA